UGUUGCCUGUUUGAUGUCAUUUCCCUCGUCAUCGCUCUCAAUUGGAAUUUUCCUGCAACUGCCUGCCCCCAAGGAGGAGGACCUGUUCCUCGUCUUCAUUCGACCUUUUGGGUUGCGGACUUGUGCUCUACUUUCCGUUCACACUGAUCCUUUCGAUUUUCAUCUUAUUUCCUUCUUGUCUGGGGUAAUCCUCUUCUGAUUGAAAGAAGCACCAAAGACCGACCAGCAAGCAAAGAAGGAAGGAGAGCAUAGAAGGGAAGGUAGGUGGUGGAGUUGAGUGGAGGUUAAUAGGUCGGAGAUCAGGUAGACAUAUAUAGAAAGCAUUUGGCAUGAAGUCAUCGCGGGGCGGACGUCGAUCGGCGGAAGCUGCCAUACAGUCUAUCGGGCUGGGUUACGAUCUAACGGUCGAUCUGAGGCUAAAAUACUGCAAGCAGCUGGAGCAGUCCCGACGCCUCGUCACCAUCCCUGAAGCCGACAAGCUCCGUGACAUCUCCAUCCCCGGCGUGGGUCCGAUCCCCAAUGUCCCCAAGCCUAUCAACUGCGAUAAAGGGGAGCGCAUGAGGUUCAGCUCCGAUGUCCUCUCUUUCCAGCAGAUGUCGGAGCAGUUUAACCAGGAGCUGUCUCUGUCUGGGAAGAUUCCUACUGGCCACUUCAAUGCCGCGUUUGAUUUCAGGGAGGGUUGGCAACGGGACGCAGCCAACACCAAGACCCUUGCCUUCGACGGAGUCUUCCUCACUCUUUACAGCAUCGCCCUAGAAAAGUCCCAGCUGAUCCUGGCCGACCAUGCCAAGCAGGCUGUCCCCUCAUCAUGGGAUCCUGCCGCUCUCGCCCGGUUCAUUGAGAAGUUCGGAACCCAUGUAAUUGUUGGCGUGAAGAUGGGGGGGAAGGAUGUAAUAUACGCAAAGCAGCAGCAUUCAUCACCUCUUCAGCCUGCUGAUGUACAAAAGAAAUUGAAGGACAUGGCAGACAAGUUGUUCGUCGAUGGAAAUGGGAACCAUGGGAUAAAUCUUGGGAGAUCAAAUGUUGCAGAAAAGGGAAGAGGAUUCAACCUCAUGGAAGCUCUUCCAUCCACAUCUUAUUCCCGAGUGGAGGUGCAGAAUAUCAUAUUCGAGGGCAGGAGGAAAGGUGGAAAUGGUAAAAGAAAUUUGACCCACAGCGAGUGGUGUCAAACUGUACAUGAAGAACCUGAGGCGAUCUCCAUGACAUUCAUCCCAAUUGCAUCAUUGCUGAGUGGAAUUGAUGGAAGUGGAUUCUUAAGUCAUGCCAUCAACCUCUACCUGCGCUAUAAACCACCAAUUGAAGAACUACAUCAGUUUUUGGAGUUUCAGCUUCCAAGGCAGUGGGCGCCUGUAUUUGGAGAGCUUGCCUUGGGCCCUGAAAAAAAGCAGCAGAGCAGUGCAUCACUGCAGUUGAGCUUCAUGGGUCCUAAACUCUAUGUUAACACGACCCUGGUUGAUGUGGGCAAGAAGCCAGUUACUGGUCUUCGGUUAUAUCUGGAGGGGAAAAGAAGCAAUUGCUUAGCAAUUCACUUACAACACCUAUCUUCGCAGCCAAAGACCUUCCAAGUCGUGGAUGAAUCAUCAAAUGGCAAAUUCUCCAGCCCCUCUGACGAUCGCAGGUACUAUGAGAAGGUUCAAUGGAAGAGCUUCUCACACAUUUGCACUGCUCCUGUUGAGUCGGAUGAAGAUCUCUCCAUUGUGACGGGGGCACACUUUGAAGUUGGGGAUUCUGGCCUGAAGAAGGUUUUGUUUCUGAGGCUACACUUCUCAAAGGUAGUCGGUGCCACAGUUGUUAAAAGACCGGUGUGGGAUGGUUCCCCUGCAGGUUUGGCCCAAAAAUCAGGAAUAAUCUCGUCCUUGAUUAGCACGCAUUUAUCAUCAGCAGCACAAAAACCGGCCCCUCGACCCUCCGAUGUAAACAUCAAUUCUGCUGUCUAUCCUGGGGGCCCUCCAGUUCCAAGCCAGACACCGAAGCUGCUGAGGUUUGUCGACACGACUGAGAUGACAAGAGGACCCCAGGACUCACCUGGAUACUGGGUUGUAUCUGGGGCUAGGUUGAUGGUGGAGAAAGGGAAAAUAUCUCUUCAGGUCAAGUACUCUCUACUGGCUAUAUUACUACCUGAUGAAGAGGUCUGAUUGGAUUGCAUGGACCCUCGGUAUAUGUGGAGUAUGAAUGAAUGCCUUAAAAAAAAUAAAAUUGAGGGGGCUUGCAGGUUUUUGUUUGGUCCAACGGUCUGUUGAAAUAGUUGGUGUACAUGUUAGUGAGCAGCAGUUGUAUGUUAAUGUUUUAUAAUUUCCGAAGUCUGAACAUAGGAAAAUUGAUUGCUACUUGUAUUUUUUUUUUUUGGGUGGGUUCCCAUUGUUGUUUGAGGGGGUUUGUUUAAUUAAGGAGAGGAACAAAGGAGUGGAAAGAUAAGAACGCAUUGUUGAGGACGAUUAAAAAUUGAUCCGUUACAUUACAUGCAGCGAGUAACAAGCUAGGCCGUCAUAGUUCGUUGCUUCCUUUUCCUAGGUAA